AUGGACUUGCAGUCUCCAUCUGUUCUGGCGCAAUUGCCUCGCCCCCUUCAUGCCUCCACUGGCAAGACUCGAAUUGGCGAUGUCUACAGUCUAGCCGAUGCUAAAAAGCGCAAGCGCUAUGAAGUUGCAGUUGCUGUGGAUGGAGAAGCCGUCAAUAUUUACAACGUGCAAACGCCCAAGCUCGUCACUUCGUAUGCGGUUCCUCCUCAGUCGAUCUUUUCUUGUCGCCCAUGCUCGGUCCGUCGCAAGAUUACGAAGAAGUCUCUAGUCAAGAGACAAACAUAUGCUGCUUCUACCAAGCCAGAGCAUCAGAUCAAGUGUUUCGUGGAAGAGAUCAGCAAUGGCUCUAGCGCUCCAGCGAUCUCCUCAUCUACAGCGACUAUCACCGACUCCCGAAGCCCAGCAGCUUUCGUAGGCAUCGUCCCCACCGUUUCCGAUGACGAGGACGAGAACGAUCCAUUCGAUGUUAUCGCAGUUCAUGAAGAUGGCCGUGUGCGGAGAUUAUCAGCAGAUCUGAAGACUCAGCGGUGGAGUAUACAGCACAGCGAAAUUUCUAAAGUCUCUUCGAAGUACACUGUCAAGAGCUGCUUCUUGGUUGAUCUGGAAGAUGCUCGAAGGGCUUUGUUCAAGAGACGUCAGGAUCUUGUUGCACUUGCUCUAGGAGACCAUAUGGUAGAUGGAACAACUGAGCCUUCUAUCCUGCUUGUGAUUUCGCAUCCUAAUGGAGCUGACACCUUUGGACUCGAAGAUGUUAAAGUCCAGAUUUUUUCAGUCCCUGCUACUUUCAGUGCUAAGGAAGAAAGUCAACGGCUCCGUCACCUCCAAACAAUCCAAGUACCCGGCCCUAGUGAUAUUGGCAAGAUCAACAGCAGUCAGCUUCAUUGGAACUUCCAUGCUGGGUCUGGAAGUCUGCAGCUCUCUUCCAACAAGGGAUUCUUCAAUAUCGAUCUGUCACAAUAUGCUCCAUCCGUCACUUCCAAAUUCACUCUGGACGAGGAAUUCUCUUCUGUGAUGCGAGUUUCCCCUCAGUGCAUUAUCGGCGCAAACGAAUCAUUGGUCGCAGUUUACGAUACCCAAUAUCAGUCUGUUCAAAGAAGUUUGGCUGCUGGAGAUGUCCUGUCUGGCACAGGUUCCAAGGGUCCCGUCCAAUUCAUCAACUACUUUGCCAAGCUUGGAAUUGCGGUCGCAUUGAAGGGACAUACCCUGAUCGCUUUCGAUUUGACUUCUCUCCACAGCCACUCUGGACCUUCUCUCAAGCGGUCGCGCGAUGGUCUUCUCAUUGAUGCGAUCGGACGUGGCAUUGGCGCAUCGGCUACUCAGUGGGAUUUGGCCUCUAAGAAACACCGAUCUGAAAAUAUGACCUCGCUGCACUUGAGUACUCCUGAGCAGGUGGAGAAAUGGAACAGGCUGACAAAGUCCAUCAAUGAGGCCACUGAGUUGAAGGAUGGUGAGCUUUUUGACAAGGCUGUCCAGUCUUACUUCUGUCUUUCGGACAAGCCCCAGACCCUGCCUGCUCCAGGACAGUAUGUCAACCCCGAAUCCACUCUCUUCCUGCUAUCUAAGAUCUUUGCAGUUGAGGACUUAGAAUUGAAUGGUGAUAUCACGGCAUCUUCGUCAUCCCAGCUGCGGGUUGUGUUGUGGCCCCAGGUCACUUGUGCUUGGCUGGUUGCCAUGGGCCAUCUCUCUGCUGACAAUGUGGAGAUUGCCCUUCGACGUGCCUCUAAGCCCCGUGUUCUGCAGCCUUUGCCAACUGGCUCUUUUGUCCAGGCUCUUAUCGACUCUGAUUCAUCCAUGGAGCGCGUCAACCAUGUCAUUGGUGGUCCAUCUACUUUCUCAACCAACGAGUUGGCGUACUCAUUGAAGCACUUCUUAAAUCAAGCACGGAACUGCUCCGCUGCAUUGGAAGAUACUGCUCGAGCCAUUACCAACGGCGAUGCUAUAACCCCUACGGAGGAGCUCACCCGUCACUUGGAAAAUCCACCUUCAUCCUCUUUCCUCUGUCACAAAAUCUCUUCGCUCCAACUUGUCACGCCCGGAGCUUAUCUCCAUGAUCCACCAUCUCCGUCUUUCUCUCGCUACUGGUGGCUACAUGUCUCGAUUCACCGAAAACCCCCCCCUACCCCUAUCACUCUUGAUCAGAUCACACCUUCUCUCUCCCUCCAGACCAUCAGUGAUCUUCUUACUUGUUCUGUGGAUGCUGUUGGGCCCUCAGGCUGGAUCUCUGCCCUCCCCAAUGUCCACGAUCUCGAUGAUGAGACCGCGUCUACCAUUGCUGCAGCCACCCGCGAGAUGGAGCUCAUUUCUGACAUGCGUUCGGAGAUUUCCGCUACUCUUGGUGGUGUUGAAGAGGCUACUUACCUGAAGGGCAUUAUGCGCGAGUACUUGCGAUUUGCCGACCAAGUGGUGGUUUCAAACACUACAGGUGGAAAGACCAACGCGACAAAGGUUGAGAAGGAGUCUACUCCUAAGCCAUCCCACCUUAUCCGUCAUGAGAAGAUCAAUGGUGCUGACCUCUUGGUUUAUGCUCCUCCUGAGGAGGGUGAUGAUGAGGGUGAUGCCAGCGGCAAGAUGCUGCCUUUGUCUAUGAAGCCUGUCUCCAAGGAUGUAUCUCGGACCAAGGUUAAGAAGUCGACUGGUGAGACUAAGGCUCGCAGUAACCGUGAGAUCAGCUAUCUGCGACGCAAGAAGGCUGGCAAGUACUCUUUUGAGAAGCUGCUGAUUUAA